AUGCAGCCAAAGAUUGUUCUGCUUUAUCUGUGCAUAAUCAAUAUAGUCAACAACGUGCACGCCCAGGACAGUGAAGAUGCAGAACCACCGGAAAAACCGGCACCCGACACCAGCGGUUCGCAACAGCAAUCUAACGAACAUUCAAAGAGAAAUUCAGUGCCAAUAAAGCCGCCUCCUCAAAAAUUUAACGAUAAGCUCGCAGCAGUCAACGUUAAAUCUUCCGAUGUUCCGAAAUUCAACGAAUAUGAUGCGCAGUUUACCUCGCACUACAAAAUGACAUGUGGAGCUAAGGUGCAAGCAAUCUCAUCUGUGGAAGGAACUGCUAGAUGCAUGCCGGAUGAGAAUGAUAUUGUCGAAAUUAUGAAUGACGAUACGAUUGUUGUCCAGGACUGUCUGCGAGCUGGUCUUAAGCCUUAA